AUGGAAUAUGUAAUACCCCAGCAGCUGGUUGCUACUUUACUGAGUCAAUUAGCUAUUUCAGGAUCCAACCUUUUGAUUGGCAGACCUGCUUCACUCAGUAUCAGGCGGUCUAAUCACAUCUUUUGCUUCAAAGAGAGAAAGCUUUAUGUGAAACCGUCAAAGAAACACAAACAAUCAAAAAUUGCUGUAGAAGACAAAGAUUAUGCUCAUGUCAUCUGGUGGAAGGAGAAAAUGCAGAUGUGCAGAAAGCCUUCUUCUGUUCUGCUGGUCAAGCGGCUUACAUUUUCUAAUUUGCUGGGUGUUGAUACGACCUUGAAAAAUGGAAGCCUAAAAGAAGGAACUCUAAAUUGGGAAAUCUUGCAAUUCAAGUCAAAAUUUCCUCGUGAAGUUUUGCUAUGCAGAGUUGGAGAUUUUUAUGAGGCGAUUGGUACCGAUGCCUGCAUUCUUGUGGAAUAUGCUGGAUUAAAUCCUUUUGGUGGUUUACGUUCAGAUAGCAUCCCGAGGGCUGGUUGCCCUGUAGUGAAUCUGCGACAGACAUUGGAUGACCUGACACGUAAUGGUUUCUCUGUUUGCAUAGUGGAAGAAGUACAGGGUCCAACUCAAGCUCGCACUCGUAAAAGUCGUUUUAUAUCUGGGCAUGCGCAUCCUGGCAGUCCUUAUGUGUUUGGUCUUGUUGGAGAUGAUCAUGAUCUGGAUUUCCCAGAACCAAUGCCUGUAGUAGGGAUAUCUCGUUCGGCUAAGGGAUACUGCAUGGUUUCGGUGCUGGAGACAAUGAAGACUUAUUCUGCAGAGGAUGGGCUGACAGAAGAAGCCUUGGUUACCAAACUUCGUACUUGUCGGUGCCAUCAUUUGUUCCUGCAUGCAUCAUUGAAACAUAAUUCCUCAGGAACUUGUCGAUGGGGAGAAUUUGGUGAAGGUGGCCUGUUGUGGGGAGAAUGCAAUGCUAGACAAUUUGAAUGGUUCGAUGGUAAUCCGGUGAAUGAGCUUCUGAAGAAGGUAAAAGAGCUUUAUGGCCUUGAAGAUGAUAUCACAUUCAGAAAUGUUACAGUUGCCUCAGAAAACAGGCCCAGUCCUUUACACCUUGGCACAGCCACACAAAUAGGUGCUCUUCCAACUGAAGGAAUCCCUUGUUUACUCAAAGUGCUGCUUCCAUCAAAUUGUACUGGGCUUCCUAUUAUGUAUGUUAGAGAUCUUCUCUUGAACCCUCCUGCUUAUGAGAUUGCAUCAACAAUACAAGAAGCCUGCAAACUGAUGAGCAACAUAACAUGCUCAGUUCCUGAAUUCACCUGUGUUCCUUCUGCUAAGCUCGUGAAGUUGCUGGAGUCGAAGGAGACUAAUCAUAUAGAGUUUUGCAAAAUAAAAAGUGUUCUUGAUGAUAUAUUGCAACUGUACACAAAUUCAGAGCUCAACGAAAUUCUGAAAUUAUUAAUGGAUCCUACUUGGGUGGCAACUGGAUUGAAAGUUGAACUGGAGACACUAGUGAAUGAAUGUAAAUCAGUUUCGCGUAGAAUUGGUGAAAUUAUCUCCUUAGAUGGUGAAAAUGAUCAGAAGAUAACAUCUCAUCCCAUAAUUCCAAAUGAGUUUUUUGAAGACAUGGAGUCUUCCUGGAAAGGUCGUGUCAAGAGGAUACAUCUGGAAGAAGAAUUUGCAGAAGUGGAUGCAGCUGCUGAGGCCUUAUCUGUAGCUGUAAGUCUGUCUGACUUCUUGAAGAUAACUAUUAAUAUGCACUCAUACACCACUUGAGAGAUGAGAAGCACUACAUGAACAUGGGAAGGUUACUCGCAUAUAAUUUUCCAAUAGUUGGAUAGACCAGACUUGAGACGUGGGAUUGACAAUUGUAAUUGAUCAGAUGUGUUGAAAUUUGUUUAAGGGAUAAUUACAUC